AGGAUGACAAAGGAGUUACCCACUCUCUCAGUCCCAGGCACCACUGUGAAGUUUGCAAAAAGUGUUUGGUGCUGUCUUCUGGAGCCCUACCCUCACCCCAGGUGCUUGUUUCCCUCGUAUGUCUACAACUUCAGCUCCAUUCAAGGAUAAACAUCAAAUUCAAAUAUGUAAAGCGGGCUGCAGGGACAGAGAGGGAGCCACAAGAGGGCGCUGCUCCCUUCAAGAGGUGGUUUGACAUAAAUUCAUCUUCCAUUUUGAGCACAUCUCUCAUUUUACACUUGUGGCAUGAUCUUGCAGGGCAGUUUGUCCUGUUUAACACAGAAGCCAAAGCUUUCUGGAAGAUUCCACCAAAGAAUCAAGAAAAUAGAGGAACAGCCCUCUCAGCUUUGGUGUAUUCCCAAGCAAAACCUGCUGCUGUUUCUCCCCCAGCCAUGCUGCCUGCUUCCUGCUCGGGACUUGUGAUCUUGUUGAUAUUGAGAGGGACCAAUGGAGACUCGGUGACCCAGACAGAAGACCCCAUAACCCUCCCUGAGGGAGCACCUCUGACCCUGAACUGCACCUACCAGAGCAGCUAUUCAGUUUCCCUUUUCUGGUAUGUCCAGUAUCAAAACAAAGAGCCUGAGCUCCUCUUGAAAAGCUCAUCAGAAAACCAGGGGGGGGGGGACAGCAGAGGCUUUCAGGCCAAUCAUGUUAACAGUGACAGCUCCUUCCACCUGCAGAAACCCUCAGUGCAAAUGUCUGACUCAGCCAUGUACUACUGCGCUCUGAGAGACACAGUGAAGGGGACUAUAGGGGCAGCUGAGCACAAACCCAGAGGUGCAGGUGGGUCUGGCUGUGGCAGCCCUGGGAGAGAGCGUUACUUUCUCUCUCCAGUGUCCUGUGCUGGAGGCUUCCUCAAAGUGCUUCCAGCUCUGAUGCCUCAGAGCCAGGGAACCUUGGAAUUCUUGGAUUAG